ACAUAAUCGAGUUUGGGCCAGGCAACCCAGUGGUCAAAAGCAUGAGCAUCGGUAUGCGCAAUUGGGAUACGAUGACAUUGUGCCAAGCCUUGUCGGUGAGCCUGCCCACCCGAUCCUAAUCGACUUUUAUGACAAGCAUCCGUUCAGAAAGAUCAAUUCUGCCCCGGAUCUACACGGGUCACAUGAAAUGCAAAUAGUAGAGGUACUUGAAUAACUUGAUAAACCCAACUGCUGAUACUGCGCGUUAGGUACCGUUACAACAGCUCGUGGCUCAUCUGCUUGCUAUCUGGCCCGGGUUUGAUUUCCCACAUUGGUACAAUGUCUGAAACCCAUUUCUGGUGUCCGCCGCCGUGAUAUUGCUUGAAUAUUGCUAAAAGUGGAGUAAAACUAAACUCACUCACUCAAUGCUUGUUAUCUUCAUCUGUCAAAUGAGAUUUUUUCAGUUAGGUUUAUUUAUCAUAAAUGUCAACCUAAUGAAACACUCACGUCUUCUCAUUCGGCAUAUAAUAUGAUGUCCUACAUCUUUGAAUGUAACCUUUCAAAACUGCCGUCCAAGAUGUGUAUAGAGUUUAACUUUGUGUUUCAGCUCCACCACUAUGUGACCUUCAUACCGCCUCAAAGACCGGGGAACUGUCAAGGGUGAAAUUCCUAUUGUCACAGGGACAGGUGGACGUGAAUUGUCAAGAAUGGAUUGGUAGAACACCGGUGAUGUGGGCAGCCUGUGGGGGACAUAGUGAAGUCGUGGAGUUGCUUGUAAGUAAAGGGGCUAACGUAUCACUGGUCGAUAGAUUCGGCAUCAACAUCCUUUACUCAGCCUGUCUGGGCGGAGACGUAGAUGUGGUGAAGUAUGUCCUCUCUCAGAACAUGUUGGAUAUCAAUGAUACAGUACAGUGCGGGAGAACAGCUGUGAUGCUGGCAGCAGCAAACGGUCACAAAGACAUGGUGGAGUUGCUUGUGGACAAAGAAGCUGACGUAUCACUACUUGAUGAAGCAGGUGACAACAUCCUUCACUGCGCCUGUCGUGGAGGAGAUGUGAAGGUGGUGAAGUACAUCCUCUCACAGGAAAUGGUUGACAUCAACAGUCGAGGAUAUGGCAAGAAGACGCCAGUGAUGGUAGCAGGAGAAGAGGGACAUAAGGGAGUGGUGGAAUUAUUGGUAAAAUUUGGAGCUGAUCUGUCACUAAAUGGAAAAUCGGGAAGCAACAUCCUUCACUAUGCCUGUUCCAGCGGACAAUUUGAUGUAGUGAAAUAUGUCCUCUCACUGAACGAAGUGGACAUAGACAGCAGGGGAUGGAAGAAGAGGACACCAGUGAUGGCAGCAGCAGUAAAGGGACAUAAAGAAGUGGUCGAAUUACUGGUAAAACAUGGAGCUGAUCUCUCAAUCAGUGAAAAAUCGGGAAGCAACAUCCUUCACCUGGCCUGUUCCAACGGACAAUUUGGUGUAGUGGAAUAUGUCCUCUCACUGAACUCGGUUGACAUUAACAGAAGGGGAUACAUGAAGAGGACACCAGUGAUGAUAGCAGCAGAAAGUGGCCAUAAGGAAGUGGUGGAACUACUCGUAAAACAUGGAGCUAAUCUGUUACUAACUGAUAAACAUGGGGACAACAUCCUUCACCGUGCCUGUAAAGAAGGACAUUUUGAUGUCGUGAAAUAUGUCCUCUCUCUGAACUCGGUAGACAUAAACAGCAGGGGGUGGGAGGGAAGGAGACUUGUGAUGAUACCAGCAGAAAAAGGUCAUAAGGAAGUGGUGGAACUACUCGUAAAACAUGGAGCUAAUCUGUUACUAACUGAUAAACAUGGGGACAACACCCUUCACCGUGCCUGUAAAGAAGGACAUUUUGAUGUCGUGAAGUAUGUCCUCUCUAUGAAGUCGGUGGACAUAAACAGCCCGGAAAGGGAGGAAAAGAGACCUGUGAUGGGAGCAGCAGAAAGAGGUAAGGAAGUGGUGGAACUGACCAGGAAACAUGGACCCAAAAAGAGGAAACCCAGAAAACCGAAAAAGGAGAAGGAAACCAGGAAGGAAGGAAAGAACAGAAGGAAACCAGAACCCAGUGAGGAAACCAGGAAGGAAAACCAGGAAGAAAAAACCAGAAAACCAGGAAGGAAACCCAGAAACCAGGAAGGAACCCAGCAAACCAGGAGGAACCCAGAAGGAAAGGAAGGAAGGAACCCAGCAGGAAACCCAGCAGGAAGGAAACCAGGAAAAGGAACCGGAAAAGGAAACUGUAGUAGUAGAAGGAAACCAGGAAAGGAAACCCAGGUGAAGGAACCUAGCAGUAAAGGAAACCAGGAAAGGAAAGAAGGAAACCAGAAGAAAGAAACUGAAAGUAAGGAAACCAGUAGUAGUGAGGAAAACCAGGAAAGGAAACUGUAG